AUGGCAGAUGGACAGGAUGAUGGGCCAUUAGAGCCUUUCUCUGACCCUCUUUACCUGAAAGCUGCUCUGCUGGAUCCUUCAUUUGGCAACAUGUGGUUAACCCAUGACGUUUUGGUCCCUGAAGAUAUCUCUGAGUCUGUGUCUAUGAUGAUCAAAGACUUGAUUCUCAAAGAGGCAUACAAGGCCACCCCAACAACGCACCCCCAUGAGCAGGAGGACGGUGACCUAACAAUAAUGGCAGACCCAGAGCAUCAGUCCGGACUGUUCUCAGCAUACCGCAAGAAGAAACAGAAGACAGAUUUGGGUUCCAUUCCCCAUAUUCAGCUGAACCACUAUUUGGAGGUUUGUGAUGGACAGAACUCCCUUCAGUUUUGGGCCAUGAAUAAGCACACCCUCCCCUCUUUGUUCAAGGUGGCGGUAAGAGUUAUGGCUAUCACUGCAUCAAGUGCACCUGUUGAACGUGUAUUCAGCCAUGGCGGGGUGAUAAUGAGACAGCAUCGCUUCCAAUUGAACAAAAGAGAUGCACAGGCAGCGAAUGGGAAGCAGAGAGACCCUCAUCUGUUGUCCAUCCACGCUGACAGGCAGCACGAGUGCAGGAAAUAA